CUUACAAAGCAUAUGCGAAUCCAUAGUGGUAUUAAACCGCACGUCUGUCAAAAGUGUCCAAGAUCGUUUACAACUUAUGCAGAUCUCAUCCGCCAUCAACGUGCUCACACCGAAAUAAAACCUCAUAAAUGCACGAAAUGUACAGCAUCAUUUACAAGAAAAGAUAAGUUACAAAAACAUUAUCUUUCGCAUUUGAGGAAAGAAUCUGAAUCGGUUCUUUAUGAUAAAGAAUGUAUCAAAUCCACACAAGAAAUCAGUGCACAAAAUCCAAUAAAUGAAAUCAAUCACAAAUCUUCUACCAUAGUUACAGAUAAUCAGCCACCGGCAAUACCAGUUUCCAAUUUUGGAAAUAGUUUGUUAGCUGCUCAACUCCAAAAGCCACAGGCUAAAAUGCAAAUUCGAACAGGAGCCACUCCAUUUGAAUUCAAACCCAACGUAAAAGUGCACAUUUGCAAUAUUUGUUCCAGGACCUUUACAAGGAAAAGAGAAUUUCAACGUCAUCAGGCACUUCAUUUGGAUUGCUUGUAUAAAUGCAAGCAAUGUGACAAAAAUUUUAAUCGUAGAGAUAAACUUUUACGUCACGAGAGAAUUCAUCAUGCAGAGCAAUAUAACUGCAAUCAGUGCAACAUGAGUUAUAGUAAAUUAGAAGCACUUCAGAUGCAUGUUAAGGUCCACGACUUGCACAACAAUUUUUCGCCGAAAGUUGAUAGUGGUCCCCAUAUUUUUAAUAAUUAUCCCAAACAAACUCCUAUGGCCUUAGGUUUCUACAGUGAAAUUAAGCCAGAAAAAUAAGCGAGCCUUGUUCAGUGGCUUGAUGUUUUGUUAUUAUUUUAAUUGUAUCUUUCUUUUCUUGUGCUAAAUUUACCAGUAACUGAUAAAUUCAAGAAUAUUGAUUACAACUUAUUUCCUUAAAAUAAAUACAUUAAAAUUUUUAA